GACCCCAUCAUGGUUGCAGACAGGAAGGUAUUUCUCAAAAGCUUGCUUAUGAUCACUGUGACUUGUUUCAUUGCUCGUUGCCUUGAGAUCUCACCCGUUCUACUUCCUUCUGCUUUUUGCUUAUUCACUGGUGGGAAGUGGCCAAAGGAGGAAGUGCAAGAGCGAGAGAAAGCAGAGGGGUUGGAAGAUGCGGGAGCUGAGUCGGAGCUGACUGGCUCCACCAAGGGGGGCCCGGGCAAAGACAAGAUGCACGGGCUCCUGUUCUUCCUCUUCCUUUUCCAGCUUGCAGGCUCAUCUGAUAUCUCGGGUCCAGAAGCAGUCAGAGGCCUGGUGGGGGGCUCACUGACGGUGCAGUGUCACUAUGUACAAACGUGGAAGAACAGCAAAAAGUGGUGGUGUCGAGGAGCCAACUGGGGAAACUGCCAUAUCCUUGUUAAAACCGAUGGGUCAGAGCAGGAGGUACAGACAAAAAAUGUGUCCAUCAAGGACAAUCAGAAAAACCUCAUUUUCACCGUGACCAUGGAGAAGCUCAAGCAAACUGAUGCAAAUAUUUACUGGUGUGGGAUUGAGAGAUAUGGAGUUGACCUUGGGGUCAAAGUCAAAGUGACCGUCCACCCAGCACCAACUACAGUGUCAACCACCAGCUCAAAUGCCCACAUGUCCACAACGCCAGCAGAGACCAAAGGCCCCCCGACUAUGACCAGCCACCACUACGAUGGCAGUGCUGACUCCAUUAACCUCAGCAUCCUGCUUCCCCUCAUCUUUGCCGUGUUGCUGCUUCUCCUGGUGGCGGCCUCACUCUUGGCUUUGAGAAUGAUGAAGCAGCAGAAGAAAGCUGCUGGGCCAUCCCCAGAGCAGGUGAUGCAGCCGCUGGAGGGGGACCUCUGCUAUGCAAACCUGACCCUACAGCCAACCGGCUCCUCCCAGAAGAAGGCCUGCACAAAGCCCUCCUCCUCUGCCCUGGAAAACCAGCAGGAAGUGAAUUAUGUCACCAUGGCCCCCUUUCUGAAGGAGAACAUUUCCUAUGCGGCUCUGUCUUGGGAGCUUUUGGAUCAGGAGCCAACCUACAGCAACACAGACGUCCUCGUCACCCACGUUCCCAGAAGGAACCCUGAGGAGUCCAUGGAAUAUAGCACCAUCAGGAAGCCUUCGCCUAAGCUCCAGGCCCCCCUCUCCAACCCCACACAAGGCCUGUGAACAUGUUCCUGUUUUGUCUGCUUUCUGUCCCCAGUCACUUCAUGGGGACCAACUGGUGACUGAAGCCUUGGUCUGGUCCAGCUAGCGUCACUUCGUCUUCCAUCUGGGUUUGGGGCCUGGUCUCAAGGGGCUUUCGAGAGGUAGACGGGAGUCUCUCUACAUCCUUUUUCCUCUCACAUGGCUUGGGAGGGGCUUAGGGAUAGGCUCUGGAGCUGCCAAGGGAGUAAUAAAGAUAAUGAUAAUAGUAAUAA